GUAACAUUACCACGAUGAAGAAUUAAUCAACAAAUAAUGCUGAGUGGUCACAAUAAAUCGAAGCCAGGCACAGUGGUUCACUUUAAUAAUUCCCAUUGUGCCAUGGGGAAUUGUAUGGAAAAUGAAAGUGUUGUUCCUGUUAAUAACCCUACGUUUGAUCCAAAAACCAUCAAUCAUACCAUUGAUGUUUAUUUCUAUCCGUUAAGCCCCCCGUCAAGAGCAGCUUUAAUGCUUAUUAAAGCCCUUGGAAUUAAACAUAAUGUGAAAAUCGUCAAUAUAAUGGCUGGAGAACAAAUGACACCUGAAUUUUUAAAAAUGAAUCCCAUGCAUACUGUCCCUACGAUAAAUGACGGAGGGUUUAUUUUAUGGGACAGUCAUGUUAUAAUGAAAUAUCUGGUUGAACAAUACGCAAAAGAUGAUAGUCUUUACCCGAAAGAUCCUAAAAAAGGGGCCAUUGUAAACCAACGGUUGCAUUUCAACACGACAACUUUGUUUCCUAAAUUGUUGGAUUACUGUGUGCCUGUGCUUUUUAAUAAUGAGGAGCCAGACCCUAACAAAGCGACAAAAUUUGAAGAACUCUUGAAUAUCUUGGACGGAUUUUUAAAGAACCAGUCAUGGGUCGCUGGAGAUAAUUUAACAAUUGCGGAUUUUGCAAUAAUUACAGUCGUUGCCACAGCAGAGAUCAAAAUGCCCAUCGACCUGUACUAUCUUCCUGGAAGUGCCCCAUGCAGGGCCGUCCUUUUGGCGGCGAAAGCCGUCGGUGUGGAGCUCAAUUUAAAACUCACAGACCUCAUGAAAGGCGAACACCUAACGCCUGAAUUUAUUAAGAUCAACCCGCAACAUACGAUCCCGACCAUGGUCGACAACGGCUUUGCCCUGUGGGAGAGCAGGGCCAUAAUGACCUACCUGGCCGACCAAUACGGCAAAAACGAUGCGCUUUACCCGAAAGACCCGAAAAAACGCGCCCUGGUUGACCAGAGAUUGUACUUCGACAUUGGCACUUUGUACGCCAGAUUUGCCGAUUAUUACUACCCGGUGAUUUUUGGAGGCGCUGAAUACGAGCCCGCCAAACUGGAAAAAAUCAAAGACGCAUUCAAGUUCCUGGAGAUUUUCCUUGAGGGUCAGGACUUUGUUGCGGGAAAUCAGCUCACUUUGGCUGAUUUGUCGCUUCUUGCAACUGUUACGACAUUCGAAGCAGUGAAUUUUGACCUUUCGCCGUACAAAAAUGUGGUUAAUUGGUUGGCGAGAGCCAAAGCUGCGGCGCCUGGGUAUGAGGAGGCGAAUGGGAAGGGGGCUGUGAUCUUUAAGCAGAUGGUCGAAAAUUUAACGAAAAAAUAAACACACAAUUGUAUCUCACUGUAAUGUAAUAAAUAAAGUGCAUUAUUACAGAA